AUGGCCUCUUCAUCACUUCCAGUCAACGUUCACAUCUCGACCCACCCAUGUUUGCGCGCCAAACUCUCUCAGUUACGAUCCAAGGACGCCAACGCUCGGGAGACAAAGGCCCUAGUGCACGAGAUUGCCCUCAUCGUUGGCUGCGAAGCUCUCGCAGAAUCGCUACAAACAACAUCAAGUGGUACUGCUGAAACUCCCCUCGGCUACACCUACUCCGUCGAGACCACCACUCCCCAUGUCGCUCUUGUCCCGAUUCUACGUUCUGGGUUAGGCAUGCUCGAAGCACUUCAAACUCUGCUGCCAGAACCCGUUUCGGUCCAUCAUCUGGGCCUCUUCCGCGAACCUACCAGCCUUCAACCUGUCGAAUACUACAACAACCUUCCCUACCAUCGUCCCACGUCUGCCAACCCUGACCCAUUUCCAGUUCCCUCCAUAGCCAUACUUCUGGACCCGGUGAUAGCGACUGGUGGAACCUCAAGUGCGGCCAUACAGACACUGCUGGAAUGGGGAGUAAAAAAAGUGGUGGUGAUUAGUGUGCUGGGCAGCGAGCAAGGGGUGAAGCGAGCGGCAGAAGAAAAUGGAGGCGAGUCAGUGGAGAUUUGGGUUGGAGGUGUGGACGGACAGAUAAAUGAACGAGGUAUGAUAAGGCCUGGUCUAGGGGAUGUGGGCGACAGGCUGUUCUUGACCAUUGGAAAAUGA